AUGGAUUUCUUGAGUUUUUGUAUGGUCCUGCUAAGCCUUUUCUCUGUGUUGUUCUCAAUUAUUCAAGCUCUGCGAAGCAAAGCCAAUCCCAAAAGGCAUCUUCUCCCACCUGGACCAAAGCCAUUUCCCUUCAUCGGCAAUCUUCUAGAGCUUGGCAACGAACCCCAUCAAUCUCUCACCAAGCUUUCUCAAAUCUAUGGCCCCAUUAUAACUCUGCAACUAGGCCAAGUAACAACGGUGGUUGUUUCUUCACCAAACACAGCCAAACAAGUCCUCCAAACCCAUGACCAAUUCUUGUCCAACCGAACCGUCCCAGAUGCAAUCCAAGCCUGUGACCUUCGUCAGGACAGCCUGCCAUGGAUACCACCUUCAGCCAAAUGGAGAAGCCUUCGACAAAUAUGCAACUCUCAAUUGUUUGCCGCCAAAAUCCUCGACGCCAACCAACCCAACCGCUGCGUAAAAGUGCAAGAGCUCAUAUCUCAGGUCAACGAAAGUGCGAUCAAUGGUGAGGCGGUAGAUAUUGGAAGGGCCGCUUUCAAAACUACUCUCAAUCUGCUGUCUCGUACUGUUUUCUCAGUGGAUUUGGCUGACCCAAGUAGCGAGAUGGCUAGGGAGUUCAAGGAGACUGUGUGGGGUUUGAUGGAAGGGGCAGGGUCCCCAAAUGUAGGGGACUUUUUUCCUGUCCUUAGGAAAAUUGACCCCCAGGGCAUUAGGCGGCGCAUGAUCAAACAUUUCAACAAGAUGGAACAGCUCUUUGACCGCAUGAUUAGCCAAAGAUUGGCAUCAAGGAAAGCCCAUGAUUAUGUCAAAACCAAUGAUAUGUUGGAUACUCUUUUGAACAUCAGUGAAGCGAACAGUGAGGACAUGGACAAGACCAAAAUUCAACAUCUGCUCUAUUUGCCGGGCACAGAUACAACUUCAGCCACAUUGGAAUGGGCCAUGGCUGAGUUGCUACGCAACCCUGAAAAGCUGUCAAAAGCACAACAAGAGCUGGAGCAAAUCAUUGGCAAAGGAAAACCAGUAGAAGAAGCAGACAUUGCUCGACUUCCUAACUUACAAGCAAUAAUCAAAGAGACCUUAACUUACAAGCAAUAA